UUCUCUUGUUUGCACUCUACACGGCAUUCUGACAGUUUGAGUGAUCUCCUGGAAUGCACAUGGGAUUUUUUUCCUCAAGAAAGCAUUUCUGCACUUGACUGCUGUCUUGCACAAACUGGAAUCUCUACAUGGGUCCAUUUGAAUACAUUUUGAGGAGAAAUUCACAAUUUUUUUUUACAUAAAAGGUUUGUUAUGUGACGUGAAGAGUCUUUGCCGACUGGAUCUAUAUCCAUAGUGAAGGAAAAUGUGGCUCCCGUUAUUAAUUUGUAUCCUGCACUUCACAAAUCUUACAAAAGGCCUUGGCAACACAACAAUUAUAAGAUACAGACGUAGCUCUUCAGUGAACAAACUCUGUCCGGUAGGUUGUGCAUCGUGCUCUGCCCUGAAUGGCUGUCUGUCAUGUAAACCUCGCCUCUUCUUCCACCUGGAGUUAGAUGGGAUGAGGCAGAGGGGCGCCUGUCUGUCCUCCUGUCCCUGGGGUCACUAUGGUACACGCUCACCUCACAUCAACACCUGUGCUAGGUGCAAAGAGGACUGCGCUUUCUGCUUCAGUGAAAGUUUCUGCACUCGUUGUCAUCCCAGCCACUUCCUGUUCCGAGGUAAAUGUGUAAAGAGCUGUCCACAUGGGUUGACCUCAAACACAGUACUGCGAGAAUGCACAGAGUGCCCUGUUGGCUGUGAGGCGUGUGUGAGGAGGAAGAUGUGUGGGAGGUGUAGAGCAGAUCUGUACUUUCUCCAUGGGCAGUGCCACCUUGCCUGCCCAAGUGGAUCUGAGCCUGAUGUACAGCUCAUGCAGUGUGUCCUUCAAGUGCACUGUGAGGUUGGGGACUGGACAGACUGGGGUCCAUGUAUUCAGAAAAGGAGCACACGAACCUACAGGAGGGGUGAGGAGACGCGUACUCGACAAGUUCUGCGGUCCCCAAGUGUCUAUGCCGACCCCUGCCCACAUGUGUCAGAGUUCAGGAAGUGUUUUAUCACAAAGAGAUGAGUCCAAGUAGGUUGUAAUAAGCUGAGCGAGAGCCCCUUUUAAACCUUCUGCUGAUAUUGGAGAGAUAUUCAACUUGUUAUUGCGCAUUCAUUAAUGGCUGGUAAUUUAAAAACUCAGAAAACGAUUGUAUAUCCUUAAAAUGUCAAACAUGUAUUCCUUUAAAAUACAUUUUUUUUCUAUCAAUCCAACAAAUUAAUAAAAGGGAUGGAUGCAUAUAAUGAAAAUCUUAAUAAACUGUUCCCUAUACUAGGAAUUCGAACACCUUUGCAGCAUCACUUGGACUUUCCUGGACUUUUCAUGAAUAGCAAACAUACAGUAUGCUGAUUUGUUGCUAGCUGUGGCCCACCAUUGUAUAAAUGACUGAUAUGUAUAUGCCAUAUUGCAACUUAAUGAGAACUACUGCUUACUCUUGGCUCUUGCUUAUUUUGGUCCUUAGUCAUUCAUGCAAAAUGGUCUUAUUCAUGUGCAUAGGAGGGUCCUGGGGGACCUGAUAUUCUGCAUGGCUUACAGUACUUAGAAACAGAAGAAGAAAUCACUAAUGGUAUUAGUAACACGUGCUUUUAC